CUCCCUGCCUUGACUUAGAGAUCCAACAUCCAAGUUUCUCUUCCUAAUCCUAGCAUAUUAUAACUUAGGAACAAAUUACAUUAAUUCUCAAAGUUCUCUAACAUAUGGCUCAAACCCACAAUGUCCUCCUGAUAGUAUUUCCGUUGCAGGGGCAUAUUAACCCUACCCUCCAACUUGCCAAGCGACUGGCUAAUCUUGGCGUUCGUGUCACCUACAUGACGACGGUCUCCACCAUUAACCGCAUGAGCAAAGGAUCGGCUAUUGAGGGCAUAUCAUUUACAGGCUUCUCCGAUGGUAACGUCAAGGACAACAUUGACGAACUUAUUAAUGAGCUGGAGCGUUGCGGCCCUCAAGCCUUGAGAGAGUUCGUUGCUGGCAGGAUCAAAGAAGGAACUGGCUUCACUCACAUUAUCUACUCAUCUCUUCUUUUUCCUUGGGUAGCGACGGUGGCGCGUGAGUUUCAAAUCCCGACAACAUUUCUUUGGGUUCAAGCUGCCAGCAUCUUGAACAUCUAUUACCAAUAUUACAUGACAGAUUAUGGUGAUUUCAUUGCCAAAAACAUUGAUGAUCCUUCAUUUUCUGUUGAGCUACCGGGAUUACCACCUCUCAAAAGGGAUGAUUUACCCUCCUUUCUCCUCCCCUCAAAUCGAUAUCAAUCAGUCAUUCCAAUAACAAUAAGAAGGCAUGUACAGAUCCUCAACGAAGAAACCAAGCCUAAAGUUUUAGUUAACACCUUUGAUGCCUUGGAAGCAGAGGCUCUCAAAGCAAUCCAAAAUUACAACAUGGUUGGAAUCGGUCCUUUGAUACCAUCUGCAUUUCUGGACGGAAAAAAUCCUUCGGAUACUUCAUUUGGAGGUGAUCUUUUCAAAGGUACAAAAGACUAUACCCAAUGGCUUAACACAAAGCCUGAAAGUUCAGUAGUCUACGUUUCGUUUGGUAGCUUGGCUGUGCUGGCAAAAGCACAAAAGGAGGAAAUAGCACAGGGUUUACUAGCGACUGGCUUCCCUUUCUUGUGGGUGAUAAGAGAUAGUGGAGAAGAAGAGAAGGAAGAUGAGAUGCUGAGUUGCAAAGAGGAGCUGGAAAAGCAAGGAAUGAUAGUGCCAUGGUGUUCUCAGGUGGAGGUUCUCUCCCAUCCAUCAGUAGGAUGCUUCUUGACCCAUUGUGGGUGGAAUUCGACCAUAGAGAGCUUGGCUUCCGGGGUACCGGUGGUUACAGUUCCUCAAUGGGCGGACCAAGGGACAAACUCGAAGCUCGUCCAAGAUGUAUGGAAGACAGGAAUCCGAAUGAAAAGGAAUGAAGAAGGGAGAGUUGAAAGUGAUGAGAUAAAGAGGUGCUUGGAAUUAGUAAUGGGAAGUGAAGAAAUUAGACUGAAUGGAAAGAAAUGGAAAGAUCUGGCGAGGGAAGCUGCCAUGGAAGGUGGGUCUUCCAAUGAGAACCUUAAAGCCUUUGUGGAUGACUUGGGAAAAACUUCAUGGCCUUGAUCGGAUUAAUUAAUUUCUCAGUCUGUUUUAUUUAUUUUGUUGUUCAAUAAUAAGUUAUAUAAGGUUGU